AUGCUGGAAGGACUCAUUCAGUCAUACUCUCGAGUCUUUGUCCUGCAGGCAUUGGCCAGCAUUGAGCACCAGGAGCGAUUGACUGUUGUGAUCAAGAGUCAUGCGCAGAAGCCAGAGAUUGUUGCUUUCGGACCAGAGUCCACAGUCAAAGGUGUCCAAAUCAUGAUUGUGAAUCCCAACGCUUGGAAUCACUCUUCAUUUUCCUCGAACAACCUAACUUCAAGGCAGGGUUUCGCCGAAGCAUACAUCUACCAAGAGCUCGAGUGUGAUGAUCUUCGUCACGUUUUCCAGCUCUACCUCCGUAACCGUACCAAACUCGGCUUCGGUAACCGUUUCUUGAGCCUCUUCCCCCGCCUCCGCCACCUCCUCUUCACCCCAACUAAUACCCUCGCCCACUCUCGCUCCAACGUCACAUUUCAUUACGAUACUUCCAAUGCCCUUUUCUCUGCCCUGCUUUCUGCGGACAUGAACUACUCGAACGGAUGGUGGUCCAACGAUCCGCAUGAGUCCCUCGAAACCGCGCAGAUCCGCAGCGUGCACAACAUCCUGCAAAAAGCCCGCAUAUCUCCUACCGACCACAUCCUCGACAUUGGCUGCGGCUGGGGCAGUCUUGCAAUCGAAGCCGCCCGGCUGAUCGGCUGCCGAGUGACAGGCAUCACCCUGGCAUCGGAGCAGAAAGCGCUGGCCGAGAAACGCAUCAAGGCCGCAGGCCUGGACGAUAAGAUCACUAUUAUGCUGUGUGACUACCGAGAUGCACCUAUGCCAGCCGGCGGAUAUGAUCGCAUCGUCUCAGUGGAGAUGGUGGAGCAUGUCGGCAAGAAGUACAUGAACGGAUUCUUCGGCACGAUCUCCCGGUUGUUGAAGCCCGAGGGCGGCAUUCUGGUCAUGCAGGCAAUCACAACCAACAAUAUGAUGCACGAUCACAAACCCGGUAUCACUACAUUCACGGAUCGAUAUAUUUUCCCCGGCGGAUACCUUUGCUCCACGAACGUCUUUCUGAACGCAUUGCAUAUCGGUUCGAAUGGGACGCUGGAACUUGACUCUCUACAGAGUAUCGGACCGAGCUAUAUAAAGACAUUGACGACAUGGCGCGAGAACUUCCUCAAAAACUGGGAGCUCAUCCGACAGGAUUACAUUGGAAGACAUCCGGAGGCCAAGGAGGACGAGAUCGAGGCGUUUCGUCGAGUAUGGGUGUAUUACUUCACCUACUGCGAGGCAGGCUUUCGGUCACGGGUCCUCACAAAUCAUGUUAUUACGGCGGUCAGAACGCCUGAGCCCGCAAUCAAUGACCCAGUCCCGGUCUUCGAUGAGGUCCUCGAGCCGAAGCUGAAAUCCGACAACUACUUCAAAUAUGAGGUGUUUGAGUAAGUAGGCAUUUCAAUGUUGAGGCUUGGUUGUUGUACGUGCGGUUCUCCGGCUGCCAUUUUCCUGAGGCGUGUAUGUGGAUUCGAAGCAUGAGUGUUUUUUCCUCGAAGGUUCCUUGAAUCUGUAAAUUUUCUGUGCUUCCCAGUGCGUAGCUCUGUCCCAACAAGCGGGAUAUUUGGUUGUCACGAAAUAGCUCUCAGGCGAUACUACUGGCAGUGGAUGCUCCUUCUAGUUUCAGUGUUGCCGGGGUAUAGAAGUGAUCAAGGAAUUCGCUUAAUAUGAGUGCUCUGAGGACGACUGUCACCCAGAACUCUUUAGAGGGUCAGGAUUUGCUAUGUCUAUCAUAAGCUACUGCGAG